GUAUCUGCUGCCUCAUCAGGACCAACCCGCCCCGCUCCUGUAGGCCGCUGCAGCGGCUGCGGUAGCCCCCUUGACACACACCUGCACCUGCUGCUAUCCCGACCAAACCUCUGGGCUGUGAUAGUCAACGUGCCGAGUCACUGUUCUCAUUCCUCCAAACCCUCCUCCUCCUCCACCCUCGCUCCCUCUCCUUCCUCACCACCACCUGCAGCCGCCGCUGCACCCAGCCUCCUCGCCCCCAUGUGGCGGCUGCUUGCGGGGGUGGCGGAGGCGACUGGGUGGGGCGGCAGGCACUGGGUGGGGCUGCGGCGCUUUGGGGGUGUCUGGUACAACCUAGACAGCCACCUACCUGCUCCCGAGCCGCUGGGGGACGUUCAAGCGCUGUGCGGCUUCCUGCACCGCGCAGUGCAGCAGCAGCAGGCAACCCUGCUGCUGGUGACUGAGGGUACGGCCGGUACGCAGGACAGGAGGGACUAGUGUGGGAGGAGCAGCAGCUGGAGACACCCUGCUGCUGCUGCUGAUUGAGAUGAGGAGAAGGAGGAGGUUGAAGCGGGUCCAGGCGCUCGGGGUGAUUUGUAUGUGGCCCACGCAACCAGACCGCUUGGUUGGAGCGGCCAGCAACCUUAGAUGGCUAUGCGCUUGGGAUUGAUGUCGUGCCCUGCCUGCUACCGGCACGAGUGUACACCGACCGAAAUUAUCGGCGGGAACUUGCCGCUGGCACAAAGCAGAACGGCCAGCAAAUGGAGUACUGAACACCACAUGGACGUGCAAUGCAUGUAGCCUUAGGUUGCCGUAACUGUUAUUCUAAGUCUAUGAUAGCGCCAGUGCUUGCUUUGGCAUGUAAACCCAGG